UUUAUAUGCAUAGCAUUUGUGGUAAACAUUUGCAGUAUAUUAGCCGCAAAUGAGGACCUAAUUACAGAGCUACCGGGCCUUUCAAAGCCUAUUAACUUCAAGCAAUACUCCGGUUAUUUGGAUGCAUCGAAGGGAAGGCAUUAUUUUUACUGGUUUUUCGAGGCCACUAAAGACCCGGAAAACGCACCGGUAGUCUUGUGGUUGACGGGUGGCCCGGGAUGUAGUUCACUGUUUGCCAGUCUCACAGAAAACGGUCCCUUUUAUAUCAAUAAGGAUGGAAAGACUGUGGAAACACGUGAUCACAGUUGGAAUACUGUGGCGAAUAUCCUAUACCUUGAAUCCCCGGCCGGAACGGGAUUUAGUUAUGACUCGAAUAAUAACUAUACGAAUAACGAUGAGACGACUUCAUUGGAUAACUACUUAUCUCUCGAAAGUUUUUUCCAAAAAUAUCCAAACCUUAAGAAAAACGAGUUUUACAUAACGGGUGAGAGUUAUGCCGGAGUUUAUAUACCAAUGUUAGCCAAACAGAUAUACAAACAUAACUCGACCAUCAAUUUGAAAGGCUUGGCAAUAGGUAACGGUGCCCUUCAGGAUGACAUGGAUGACAACUUCGGACAGUCGCCCUGGGAUUACGCGUUAUCCCACGGAUUGAUGACCACCGAUGAGUACGAGAAAAAGGUUGAGGCCUGUUGUGAGUGUAAGGCCGGUGCUGUUGAACACCAGUGCGAUUUCAGCACACCUGCUAACCAAACUAAGUGUUCAUCAGUGAGAGCCGUGAGGCUGACGACUCCCAACCCCUACAAUAUCUACGAUAACUGUUACCCUGAUCUCAGUUACCAACAACUGUUUGACACCUACUAUAGACCAAAGUUUGACAGAAUUGACCUAAAAUACCCCCAAUUUUCAAAUAAGGCUGAGAAAGCAGAGUGUAUAAAAUUAGGCCAUUCAAUAUAUUUGAAUACCGAUGCCGUACGUAAGGCACUGCACGUACGCGAGGGCACCAAACAGUGGUCACCCUGUGGGGGACCCUAUGAUAGAAAUACGUUUACGACUCAACAACAAAACGCUAGGGAUUUGAUAAACACGUAUAAAAUCCCCAAAUUUAUUGUAUAUAACGGCGAUUUUGACACCGUUUGCGACUUCAUUGGUGACCAGAGGUUUGUCACUAAUUUGGGUUUUAAGACAACUGGACAUUAUAGGCAUUGGACUGUCGACGGAAAGUCGGACGGAGUUAUCGGCGGUUUUAUACAGGAAUACGAAAAGGGGUUGAGUUUUGUUGUGGUCAGAGGGGCCGGACAUAUGGUGCCCGAGGAUAAGCCAGAGGCCGGCUUACAAUUGUUUAAGUCUUUGCUUGGAUUAGCAAAACUU